AAAGCCACAGUAAGUUAAUUUUGAUUUCCAAAGUAGAUGCUAAUGGUACUGUAAAUCCAGGUCAUUUGGGUUACUUUUCAGGCAAAUAGUCACACAAGCAUGUUAAAAUUGUAAAAUCAUGUCAGCCUCACCUUGGGUAGCAAGGUUGGUGUGGCCCUAGCUCACCUUAUUCCCCAUGUUCCAAAAGUGCAGUACACCACAUCUGAGGUUUAGGCUCACAAUAUGGCAAGCUACUAUAUUGUUGUAAUAACUAUAAUACAAUUUGUUUAUACUUUUUUCUCCUUUAAUUUUUAUCUUUUCAUUUUGUAAUUGUUUAACCCCUGGGAUUUCAUUUUUAGCACUGCCCCAAAGAAUUCGAGUGGACAAAGGAACAGAAACAGUUAUGAUGACUACCAUGCAUUGCUAUUUACAGCAAAAACUGAAUAAUACAGAUGAUGCAACUGAAACAGUAUUGUUUGGCCCUUCUACCCAGAAUAAAAUUGAAAGAUGGUGGCGGGAAUUGCUAGAACGACUGGAGAGAUAUUUUAAGGACCAAUUAAAUGAAUUGUUGGAAGCAGGAGAUUAUGACCCAUCUGAUGAAACUGACAGGUAUCGCAUGUUGCCCAAUAUUACAUGUGGAAACGUUUUGAAAUAUAGACUUAGCUUUUCAGAACAAAUUACAUUAUUUACCUUUUCACUCCACUAGGUCAAUGCUUGCAUAUGUAUAUAUACCUUUGCUGCAAAAAGAGCUGGAUAUUUUUAAAAACACAGUCUGGAACAACCAUAGAGGACGAAAGCAAAGAAACAAGCAUCUGCCUGAUGGAAUUCCAGAACACAUCUACCAGUUUCCUGAGCAUUACGGAGGCACCAAGUGUGGAACACAUCUAAGUGAUGAAGAUUUAGAAGAGGUUGCAGAGGUUUCAAGUAUUCUUGAAGAUACCAACGACUAUUUAGAGCCCCAAUUCCAUGCAGAGUGUGAAAGGGUAUUUCCUCAAGCAAAGGAGGUUCUUCCAAAUGAAGCUUUACUUGCAUUUCGCUUUCUCAAGCAGAAUUUUGAUAGAACAGUAAUUGAUCACCCUUGUAGAAUCCGACAUAUUUAUAACCUAUUUUAUACCUAUUUUUUCUCUAUUUAGCCCUAUUUUUUCCGUAUUUUUUCAAAAAUAUGUCUAUUUUAUUACUAUUUAUCAAAUUUCAUAAAAUAGUAUAUGACUAUUUACUCCCUAUUUAAAAUAUAGGUUAUAUAUAUUUUUCAAAAAAAUAGCUUUGAAAUAGAUAUUCAAAUCCUAUUUGAAAGAGUAAUUGACGGAAUCUCACUAUAAAAUAGCUUUUAAAUAGCUAUUUAAUUCCUAUUGAUGACAAACGAGUCAGUUAGAAUAGUUUAAAUAGCUAUUUUUAAACUAUUUUUGCAUAUCUUCUUUGGAGCCAUUCUUAACAUAGUUAUUAAAUAGCAAAAUAAAUAGGUCUUAAAUAGCUAUUUGAUUCCUAUUCAUAGAAAAUUGUGGCGAACUUUGUUCAAAAUAGCUAUAAAAUAGCUAUUUUUAAACUAUGUUUGCUUUUAUUUUUUGAGAUAUUAUUGAGUAUUGUUAAAAUAGUUAUUAAAUAGGAAAAUAAAUAGAUCUUAAAUAGCUAUUUAAUUCCUAUUCAUAGAAAGUUGUGGCGAACUUUGUUCCAAAUAGCUAUUAAAUAGCUAUUUUUAAACUAUGUUUUCUUUUAUUUUUUAAUUUUUAGAGCCAUUCCUAGAAUAGUUAUUAAAUAGCAAAAUAAGUAGAUCUUAAAUAGCUAUUUAAUUCCUAUUCAUAGAAAGUUGUAGCGAAUUUUGGUCAAAAUGGCUAUUAAAUAGCUAUUUUUACACUAUGUUUACUUUUAUUUUUAGAGCUAUUGUUAAAAUAGCUAAUAAAUAGCACAGUGCCUUUUUUAAGAAAUUUUUACCAGGGGGGGGGCAAAACAGGAAAAAAGGCAGAACGAAAAAUAUGACCCAUCGAAGUUUGGCGAACACGCGAGUCUGAAGAGAGAUUUUGUAAAACUUGAAUUUAUUAACUUCUCCUAUAUAGACAAUAACUUCAACCCUUUGUAGCUAUAAUCGUACAGCUAUAACCAGUGGCGUAGCCAGACCUUAAUUUUUUUUUUUUGGGGGGGGGGUUCGAACAGUCUAGUAGGGUCCGGGGGCAUGCACCCCCGGGGAAAUUUUCAAAUCUAGGGUCCUUGAAUUCAAGCGAUUUCAAGCAUUUUGGGAGUGAAAUUCCGAAGAGUUCCGAAGAUUAUAAAGUACAUCGAAGACAUGAAUUUUUCCAGACAUUUCUACUCGGAAUUAAAUAAAUUGGAAAAGUCACCUUGAGGAGACUAGGAGGAGGGGUCAGUGUCACCUUAUUUCCUCUCUGUGAUGCUUGGGGGGGGGGGGGAUCCCUAUGUGAUUUUGAUCAGAAAUGUUGCAUUUAAAUCAUUUUCGGUUCUAUGAGACACCAUUUCCGCAUUCUCAAAAUUAUUAAAUGUUAUCUUGCCUAAUGCCGGACAAUUUUAUUCAUCAAGGGAAGUGUCUAGCUAGCGUACUAGACUCUCCCCAUGUUUCAUGUUGACAUCAAACACUUCCUACUUAAGUACUUUGAUAUUAUUAUUUAACUCUGACAUUUCAUGCUAGACAAUUUUACUUACAGGCUGUGGCAUGCUCGCCCAUAUCUCACCUAAAUAUUAACACCUAUAAAGGAGCAAUUUGCUCUUACCUUACUUACUUACUUGAAGAAUGAAGUUCUUUGUAGGGUGUGCAGGAUAGAAUGUUUUUGCUAUGCAGCUCCAUACAGUGUAUAUGUUGGAUAGUUGAAAAAUAUCCAGCUAGAUUCAGGGUAUUAUUCAAAUAUAUAAAUUUUUUUCUAACCUGUAAAGAAGGCCUGAACUAGCUGCAGCUGAGCUUCGCCCUAUUCUUGAUGUUACAUGAUGUUCUUGCUUUUUUUCUGCCCUGUCCCCAGCCAAGUUACUGACUUACAUGUAUAUACUUAACUCUUUGGCUACCAAAGAGACUGCUAACUACAGAUUUUUAACUCAUUUAUUGACAGACCUCUACCUACUGAUAAGUAAAAUUGUCUGUCAUUUACACACGGUAAAUACUAAAGUAAGGUCCGUAAUAGCCUCUGAUGUUUCAGCACUUCUACACUUGUUCUCAAUUUUUUUUACUAAUUAUAUUUUAUUUAAAGACUAUUUACAUUAUAUGUUUUAACUUUUUAUUAUCUAUGUUUUAACUACUGGUAUUUAUAAUAUAUUUUAAAAAUAUUUAUAGGCCAUAUGUAUUUGUAUACACUAUAUUUAAUAACUAUUUUAACUGUAUUAACAUGACAUAUUUUAACUAUUUAUUUAAUAUGUUAUUACUAUUUUUUAACUAUAUUUAAUCUAUUUGGGCAAUAUUAUAUCCACUAUUUAUUAUCUAUUUUUAACAAGCUGGGAUGUAUUUUAACUAUUUAUUAUCUAUUUUUAAACUAUAUUAUCACUAUUUUUGAACUAUGUAUUAUCUAUUUUUAAACUAUAUUAUCACUAUUUUUGAACUAUUUAUUAUCUAUUUUUAAACUAUAUUAUCACUAUUUUUGAGCUAUUUAUUAUCUAUGUUUAAACUAUAAGAUCACUAUUUAUUAUCUAUUUUUAAACUAUAUUAUCACUAUUUUUGAACUAUUUAUUAUCUAUUUUUAAACUAUAAUAUCACUAUUUUUCAAUUAUUUAUUGACUAUUUUAAACUUAGUUGAAACUCAUUUCAACUAUUUAUUACAUAUUUUAUACCUAUAUUGUCACUAUGUUUUAACUAUUUCAUACAUAUUUAUUAACUAUGUCGAAACUAUAUAUUUUUAAUAAUUUCCUUAAAUAGCUCUAUUUUUACCAUAUCUGAUACCUAUUUAAUUUCUAUUCGAGUACAUCAAUUAAGUAUUUGUUUAGAAAUAUAUCAUGAAUAGGAAAAAAAUAUGGUUCCACUUGGAUAGGAAAAAAAUAGCUUUUCUACCCCAAUUUAAAUAGGAAAAACCUCGAAAAAAAUAAUAGUAAAAAUAGGAAAUAAAUACUUUGACAAAUAGGAGUUAAAUAGCCCAAUAAAAUAGGAAUUAAAUAGCAAUUAAAUAGUGUUUGGUUCUACAAGGGUGAAUUAUGACUCGUACGUAUUUUCUUCAAUUUCGUUUCCCACCGUUGUAUUCGUUGUGCUUGUUGAACUUUCGAUUAGAUUCGUUGUAUUUCCCUGUUCUGUAGCCGAGUUCAAGUUCGAAUUCGCGUCGUUUACAUUCGUGUUAAUAUUGUCAUGAUUUCUGGCGGUUGUUGUUUGCUUGUCGAUUUUUCGCUUCGUUUCUGAUAUUCUGUCCGAUAUUUCGGCUGAUCCUUCGAUCUCUAGUCCGAUUUCGCUCACAUCGCACAAGUUUAAGAUUUCCUCGUCGAUUUUUGUUAAUAAUGUCACCUUUUCUUUGAGCUGAGCAGCUAUAAUUUCGCAUCUUUCGAUAUUUUCUGCUUCAGGUGUCUACAGCAGUUCCAUCGCUUCUUUCAUAAGUUUUGUAGACACCCUGCGAUGGCCUCCUUGCCUUGCACGAAGCCUAUCUAGUUUUUCCUACGCUUCUUUCGUCGACAUUGUUGGUUCGAAUGGCAGCCUUCAUUUUAAAAAAGCCUGCUCCACGUUGGGUGGCAUAUUAUAAACUUUCGUAGACUUCGUGCUCGUUAGCUAUGAUUUGUAUUAAACCUCAACCUAUAUUAUUUACAUUAUACAUAAAACGCAUGCUUUAUACAAAACCCCGAAAACUGUCAAAUGUUUCUCACAAUAAACAUGCUUUGUGAUUGUUUGCUGAUCAUAAUAAUAAUAAUAGACAAAUAGACAAUGAACUAUAGACAUUUGUCACCUCUCUGAAGAAUGACUCCGUGAUAAAUGAUUGUUUUUGUUUCAGAAAACCAUCAGAAAAUAUGUUAUGGGUUACAAGACAGUACUUAUGCAUCACUUCGUUUGUUAUUUAGAUCUACCUAAUCCGGAAGUACGAGAAGUCUACGCAAAGAGACAGUAGUGCAAAUUCUGCAACAUCAGGGCUGACAGACCUGCGCCAAUCGCCACUUCAUUCGAGUCAGUUAUUUAGUCUAAAUCGUAUGGUUUCACGUGAGACUGAGAUGGAGACUACAGAAAUUUUUCAACUGCGGGUAAGUAGAACUAAUCUGCAUUGCGAAUUAUCUAAGUCGAAAUUACUUAAUAUUUAGUUCAUUCAGAUAUUUACGCAAACUUGACAAACUUCAAAAUGUCAAUAAUGAGUUACGAUUUAUGUUGAGACGGUGAUACUGCGCACACAUUUUUUAAAAUUUAGGUCAUUAUUAGCGCAAUAGCACGAGCAUACAUCGAAAAAUGACAUUGAACUGAUUGAACGGUUGCUUAUCUUUUAAAAAGUGGCAAAAAACUUUGCUGUCUUCAGUUGUUGUGUGUUUGUCACACCGAAGAUUCGUGGGAAAAGUUUGGGUUCUGUUUGGUGUCAGGCUUUGCUUCGGAAGCUUGUUAAGACGUUGCUACAUCAUCGAGUGCAAGACCGAUUCUGAUCCCUUCGGGUUUUAGUCCGCAAAACAAUGUCAGUUUGACUUGGUUCAGUCAAUCAGCACUUCGCGCUAGGGCACGAGAAUACAUUAGCAUGCGGGACGUUUCCGGGACUAGUACGUGGACUAUCCCAGGAAACCGCACGAUCGAAACAAAACAAAAUAAUUUGACCGGGCUUUUUAUUUACGAAAGGGUUUUGUGAAAGUUGUCUAGUAACAAAAAGCGUUCAACGAUACUUCGUUUUGAGUGCCAAAUUAAUUGUGAGUCUAUAUACAGCAAUUCUACAUAUGAUACGAAUAUCACUAGACCAAAAAAUAGCUACGAAAACAUUUCAAAAAUUGUACACGAACGUUCAAUAAACGUUAAAAAAGUUGUUUACUUCUCAAGACAACGUUCAAAUUUUUAGUCGCGCUUAUACAAGAUUAAUUAAAGAGAUUAUAUGUGAACAGAAAUAUAUCAGAUAGGCCGUUUGCUGUUACCUUGGAAAAGAGCCUAUAGAAAACUAUUUUCAUUUCCCAUCUCUUGGAACUGAAGUAUUUUUACGGGAACUAGCAUUUUCGAAUACGCUUUUACACAAGACUGCUAUAUCGACCAAAAUCAGUCUUUUGCUAAAAGAAGGACUGGUUAACAGAAAUUGGUUCUUUUAAGUGAGAUAAUCGUUUGUCGUCAUCCAUCCGUGUCGUUGAACAAUGAAAAAGUUGUCGUGCAAUUAGCGAAGACAAAAUAGCAGUUUGUGCCGGAACUUUUCGGAUUUAACUCAUUGUGUUCGAAUUACAAGUGUUAAUUAUAGUUCCCGUAAUAAUAUUUCAGUUCCAAGAUGUGGGAAAUGAAAGUGAACGAUAUCGAGAUGCAGCAAACGGCCUAACAGUUUCAUAGCCGAAUUGUUCAAUUUUAGAAAAAAGUGAAAAACCAAACAAAAAACCACCUCCACCUGUAAGGUUUUUAUAGCUCGUAGAUUGAGGUUUUGUGCUUUCAUCGAUUUGAUCCUUCAAAAUAUUCCUUGGGACUCAAAUAAAUGGCAUGUGCUAAAACCUGGACGAUGGACGAUUUUUAUUUACAGUCAAAACACUAAGACCCACACACUUCCGCUCUUCUACUGUACUUUGUUGUCAUUUAUUUUAUAUUUCGUUGUGUAUUAAUAAAAAUGCUAAUAUUGCAAUACUUGUAACAAAGAAGUGAUGGCUUUUCCGAAAGAUUCACUGCAUAAUAAAAAUAUUUUACUUUCAACAGGCCGCGAUAAAAUGCAAUGUUUAGAAUUGUAACAUUGAUUAAAGUAAUUUGUAUAAUUCUAUUGAAAGAACUGUCAAUCAAAUAAGAUCGUAAAAUGCGGACGGAUGAGAGGGUAAAAUGCGAACGGAUAGGAUGGUAAAAUGCUGAAAUGAAGGUAUAUAGAGUGGUGUUUGUAUUUUUCAUACAGAAUUAAAUCCUUGCUACUUUCAUGAAUGUUUCUUUGUUAAUCGUCUUUCAAUGCAGCUAUCCGUUUAAAUAUGUCUACGGGUUUUCAACGAAAUUAUCAAUUUCGUUCAAAAUAGUUUAAAUAUAGCCUACCAAAAAUUGUCGCCGAAAAAAUGGCAAUUUCCGUAUACGGUCGAUCUACUUUUACGCAAACACAAUUUACAAUUGCAACUUUCAUGCUUAAUUUUCUCUGUUAUCUGGGUAUGUAUAGUAUUCAAAUUUUAUACCAAUAUGAUGUCCUAUUUUUCAAGGGCUUUUCAACGCAGUUAUCAAUGUAAAAAUAUACAUAUAAUGUAAAGAUAUGACAAUUUCCGUACAGCUUACUUUUACGCAAACGCGAAUUACAAUUACCAUGCACUUUCAUGAUUAAUUUCCAAUCAAUUUAAAAUGCCAAAGAUAACGAAAUUAAUGUACUAAAGUGUUAAACUUCAUAACAAACGAUUCAGGUAAAUUCAAACCGAUAACUUUCACAUACAAAAGCCAUUCAAAAAUACCACAUUCCAUUGGAAUAACAUUAGAUUACUACACAGACGGAUAACACAGAACAUUAAUUAUGAAAGUAGCAAUUGUAUUCGCGUUUGCGUAAGAGUGGGCCGUGCGGAAAUUGCCAUUUUCCGCGAUAAUUUUUGGAAUAUUUAAAUUAAGAAGAGAUUUUUUUGUAUAUGUUACGUAACACGCGCUCAAAACUUAUGCGUAUAAUAUGUCACUUGAGGUUAUGACCUUAAAAUUCAAAAUUUUUAUUUUUCGAUACGUUUCUCAAUCGGCAAACAAACUGAAAAAGUAUGCCUAGUGUUUUAUCUGUAAAAUAAUGCUAAUAUGAAGAGAUUUUAGAUGAUACGCCAAAGAGAAAAUGAUGUCUGAAAUUCAGUAAGUUUUGCUUAUAUGGCUGUAAUAUAAUUUUAAUAUAAUAUUUAGCCUUAUCGCAGAUUUCGAAUGUUAAUAAAAGUCAAUUUAGUUUGGGCUUCGUACAGUAGGUAGCUAUAGAUACAUAGGAGCAACAAGGAAAGAGCUAUCCAGUGUAAGCUAAAAUUGAAUUUCAAUUGACCAUUUGCGUAAUAGACUAAAUUUUGAACUAAACAAGUCUAGACAAAAAUUUCAUCACAGCUUGAAGGAGCAUCACAAAAUUAGUAAUAUUCCAAAGUUUCGUUGCAAAAUGUUGUAAAAUGCGGAAAAUAUAGCCUUGCAAAAUUUGCAAUUUUCAGUCAUUUUAGAUUACAAACGGGAAAUUGACAGCCCCAAACCCUUCGAGGCUGUCAAUUUCCGGUUUGUAAUCUAAAAUGACUGAAAAUUGCAAAUUUGCAAGGCUAUAUUUUCCGCAUUUUACAACAUUUUGCAACGAAACUUUGGAAUAUUACUAAUUUUGUGAUGCUCUUUCAAGCUGUAAUGAAAUUUUUGUUGAGAUCAAAAUUUAGUCUAUUACGCAAAUGGUCAAUUGCGUUUUCUUCUCUAUUUACAUUUGACAAACAAGACAUGAAUCUUACUGGAUCUAUAGGUAGAACGGUUUGGAAUGGCCGAUGAAUUUAGUGCAAGUAAAGCUAGUUUAUUUUAUCAAUUUAACAUCCAUUUACUAUAUAAUAAUUUAUUUGCAACAAAAUUUUUAUUAUUUCCCAGGAAGAAAUUCGCAACUUGAAUGCAAAACUGGCUGUCCUUGAACACAAAUGCGCACGACAAAGCGAACAACUGCACAACUGCUCAGUCGACGAUUGCAAAAUCAAUUCUGAAAACAGCGACUCAGAAAUCGUUUCAGAGGACUCCGACGAGCGCCAAAAGAAACUCUCGGCUGCUAUCGAAAGCACCACGACUAAUCAAUGCUAACCGAGAACAUUAAAAAUACAGGAAAAUAAGAAUAAUUUUCAUCAUUUCCAAAACAGGACGGCGUUCAGAUGGAGAAAUGUUGAUUGUUAUGUCAAAUAUUUUCAAAGAUUCAACGCGAUCUUUAUAAAAGCUAAGAAACAAUGUAAAUCAAUUAAGUAGUGUGCAACAAUAUUCACAGCUUAAAAACUAAUUCCCUAUUACCCUAUACAUAGAUAUCCCGAUUUUAAUUUGAUUUACACAGUUUCUGGGUAUGACAAAUUGUUAGAUUAGUGUUAUAGAACAAUUAUUACAUGUCAGAAUGUAGUUUUUACAUACACAAAUAUAGUAUAAUAAUACAACAAGUACAGGUAAUCAAAAGGGAAGAUGUACAAAUAAUGACUAACACUACAAAUAAUAAUUCGUAAAUGUUCCCACAAUGGGCACGAACCGCCGACGCGAGUGCAUUUUGGCGAAUUAAAAAA